GGGCCAAAGAAUUUGCUUCCAUGUUUCCAGUUUCUCUCCUCCUUUGGUUGCCCGUUUUACACGUAUGUACGUGCGAGACGGGCUGCAUUUAUUUACGUAAGAAAUGGAAAGAAGGGAAAGGAAACUUUUUCGUCCCUUGGCUUCCUGCAUCCGGAAAUACCAAGGGGGGGGGGGGCCUGAGCCGAAAUAGUUGACGGCGCGCUCCCUCGUCUAUACGUAAGUAAACAUUCGGUGUAGUAAAAGUAUUUUCUGCGCUCUUCUAGGCAUUGACGUUCUACUGAUGGAUCACCUCCACUCGUUAAUGUCUUACGGGUGAUUUAACAUUAGUACAUUCAUUUUCUUUUCUUUUUUUUUCUUUUGUUGAGAAUUCUGAAUAUUUGAUGUGUGUGUAUUGUAUAGUCGACAGCACAGGAGUGGCCCGUUUCCAAUAGGGGGCCCAUAGAGCCCAUACAAAUAUCUGGGCUAAACCAUACAAGGUGCGCGCUGUCAUGGGCUCGGGACAGCCAGGAACUUGAAAGUUUUCGCACUUUUUCGUCUGGACAAAAAAAAAUAGAACUGGCCGUGUCACUCAGUCAGGCAGACGGCCCCGUCAAACAUGGAUCUUACCCCGUCUCCCACGUCCGACACGUCGUCGAGCGAGUUCUCUUCGGCCGAUUUCACUCCAUCGAUCGGAAAACUCUUCCAGCAGCCGAAUUUAGCCGAAAAACAAGCCGAAGAGAUUGCAUUCCUGUCGCUGACGAGACCGAGUAGCCACUCGGAUCGACCACUCGGGGCCACUCUCACCUGGCGUGAUUUGAGCGUCUACGUGACGACCCCCAAAGCCAAGGGAAAUGUAGCGCCAUUCAAACGAGUUUUAAAUAACGUCCGCGGAGCUUUACAACCCGGUUCGCUCGUGGCUUUAAUGGGUGCCAGCGGGGCGGGGAAAUCAACUUUGCUCAACGCCUUGGCGUGUCGCUGUCCACCCGGAGUUGUGGUCGACGGUGAAAUUCGCAUCAACGGUCGGCUGAUCGAUCGCUCCUUUUGUGACAUGAGCGGCUACGUUUACCAGGACGACAUCUUUGUGGGAUCGCUGACGGCCAGGGAACACCUCCUCUUCACCGCCCGGUUGAAAAUGAACGGCAACUGGACUCCAUACGAGCAAAAUCUCCGUGUCAAAGAACUGCUCACCGAGCUGGGAUUAAUCAAAUGCCAAAACGUCGUCAUAGGAGAGCCAGGCGUCACCAAAGGAUUAUCGGGCGGAGAGCGUAAACGGCUAGCAUUUGCAUCCCAGGUGCUGACGGAUCCAGCUGUCCUCUUCUGCGACGAGCCAACGACCGGUCUCGACACUUUCUCCGCCGAAAGGCUUGUUAUGAUGUUGAAAGAUUUGACUCAACGUGGUAAAACGGUUGUUUGCACCAUCCACCAGCCGUCUUCGGAAACCUUCGCCAUGUUUGAUCGACUGGUUCUGUUGGCCGAAGGUCGCAUUGCAUAUCAAGGAUCGUCUUCCGGCGCUCUCGGCUUCUUUGAAAGUAUGGGUUAUACGUGUCCGGCAACGUACAAUCCUGCGGAUUUCUAUGUUCAAACACUAGCAGUGAUUCCCGGCUUGGAAGAUACGAGUCGCUCGACGGUGCGUGCCAUUUGCGAUCGGUUCAUCGUCACUUCAACGGCAAAACAAAUCGAUCUUCUAAUCCAAUAUGAGACCAGUCUCGGUCAAGAAAUGUUGGAGAUAUCGACCAAAAAUGGUCACCAGCCUGUUGGAUUACACCAAGCUCGAUGGACGAUUCAGUUCUUGUGGCUGGUCUGGCGAGCUUUUGUGGAUUCCUAUCGCAAUCCAGCCGUCCACACUUUACGAAUCCUCCAGAAAAUCGCUAUCGCUCUCCUAGCUGGACUCUGUUUUCACGGCGUACUCGGUACCAGAGAUCAAAAGACGAUUCAAAAUAUCCAAGGCGCUUUAUUCAUCUUGACGACUGAAAACACCUUUCCGGCUCUUUACGGGGCGCUUGGUAUUUUCCCGAUGGAAUGGCCGCUGUUCUUGAGAGAUGCAAGAGGAGGACUCUAUUCACCCUCUGCUUACUAUCUCUCCAAAGUGGUGGCUUUGAUUCCAGGAUACGUAGUCGAAACUUUUGUUUUUGUUUCGAUUGCUUACUGGCUGAUGGGAUUGAAGCCGGAAGCCGGAGCUUUCCUUUAUUCUUGCUGGGUUCUAAUCGUUACUUGCAAUACUGCCGCCGCUUGUGGAACGUUCUUCUCAGCAGCGUGUGAAUCUAUUGCAGUGGCCAUAAGUUUCCUCAUUCCAUUUGACUACAUUCUUUUCAUCACUGGUGGUGUGCUCAUUAGUCUCAGCUCACUGCCGGAAUACGUCUCGUGGACCAAGUAUCUUUCCUGGUUCCUCUACACAAAUGAAGCUCUUUCUGCUGUACAGUGGCAAAAUGUUACAUCCAUUAAAUGCGAUGAGUCAAAUUUCCCUUGCCUACAUAAUGGCCAAGAAGUCAUGAAACACUUCAGUUUUGAUUCUAGUCGUUUUUCAGUAGAUAUUACUAGCAUGCUAUUUAUUUAUUGCACUUUUCAUUUGCUUGGUCUGAUGGCCAUAGUCAGGCGUUCACGAUCCUAAUUUUCCUUCACGAAUUUAAUAUACUCAAAUAAAUAUACAAACUAACAAGAGUA